AUGGUUCACAAUACUGGUUUUGGUAGAGUUGGCAUAGUGGGGAAUGAUGGAGAUGUGGGCAAUGGUGGUAGCGUUGGCUUUGGAAAAGUUGGCAAUGGAGGCAACAAAGGAGGCAGUGUUGACUUUGGCAACGUUGGCAAUGGAGGAAGCAAAGGUGGUAGUGUUGGCAACUUUGGCAAUGGAGGUAGCAAAGAUGGUAGUGUUGGCUUUGACAAUGUUGGCAAUGGAGACAGCAAAGGUGGUAAUGUUGGCUUUGACAACUUUCGCAACAGAGGCAACAAAGAUGGUAGCGUUGGCUUUGGCAACGUUGGCAGUGAAGGCAAAGGUGGCAGUGUUGGUUUAGGCAAUGUGGGUAUGACUGGCAAGUUUGGUAUACUGGGUUGA